CUCGCUUUCCUCAAGAUGUUUAUUGCUCGGUCAGAGUAUGAUCGAGGGAUCAAUACCUUCUCGCCAGAAGGCCGUCUCUUCCAAGUCGAAUACUCCCUCGAGGCGAUCAAGCUAGGAUCAACCGCAAUCGGAGUUGCCACGAGCCAAGGUGUCGUUCUUGGCGUAGAAAAGCGAGUGACCUCCACCCUGCUGGAGACAUCGUCCGUCGAGAAGAUAGUGGAAAUCGACCGUCAUAUCGGAUGUGCCAUGUCAGGCUUGCAAGCCGAUGCUCGAUCGAUGGUCGAGCAUGCCCGUGUCGAGUCGCAGAACCAUGCCUUCCACUACAACGAGCCACUCAGGGUUGAGAGCUGCACACAAGCGAUUUGCGAUCUGGCCCUGCGCUUCGGAGAGGGUGCGGAUGGCGAGGAGAGCAUUAUGAGCAGACCUUUCGGUGUCGCUCUGUUAAUUGCGGGAUAUGAUGAGGAUGGUCCACAGCUGUAUCAUGCGGAGCCAAGUGGCACUUUCUAUAGAUAUGAUGCGAAGGCUAUUGGAUCGGGAUCGGAGGGGGCUCAAGCUGAGUUGCAGAACGAGUUUCACAAGUCGCUCACCAUAGAGGAAGCCGAAACUCUGGUCUUGAAGACGCUAAAGCAGGUUAUGGAGGAGAAGCUGGAUUCAAAGAACGUCCAACUGGCAAGUGUGACCAAGGAAAAAGGCUUCCGGAUCUAUACAGAUGCGGAGAUGGAAGCAGUUGUAGAGAGAUUACCAGCGAAUUGA